CUUCAACCACUUCAACCACGUCAACCACUUCAUUGCAAGACCACCUCAACUCUGUCCCACUGUCUUUGGCAUUGAUUCACUGGCCAACCCAAUUGCUCAUCCACUUACUCAAGCCACCUCCACCUCCACUGAUUCUCCUCUCCCCGUGCAGCCUAUGCUCCAGGCAUCACCCCUCAUGUGAAUCUUUAUACUUCUACCUUCAAACACUUGUCAUGUGUCGAUGCCUUUUACCCAUGUGAAUCAUUUCCUGCGCCUUACUGUCAUUCUUUCCAGCCACUCCACCCUCAAGUCCCUGCGUUAGAGCUAGAUCUAAAUCUAGAUCGUGCUGCGAAUCCACCAUCCGCUUCCCCAUUGCUGCAAUGUUGCGAUUCUUGUGUUGUUAGAUCAAAUCAGCCUCUCCCAUCCCACACACCUUAUCAUGCCCGCAAAGUCCGCCGUCAUCCAAGUCCUCAAAGAAUCGAACGUCCCCAGCGCACGAACCCUAGCCUGACAUACCCAUCUUGCCAUGAUCAGCAACAAUGCCUUUACAGUCCCAUGAGGUUUUGACCCUCCGCCUCAUCCUCGACUGUGACGAAGAUAGCGAGCCCGACGGCCACGGCCACGGCCACCGCCAACUAGGUCUUGACCGAUUGAGCCUCACAUCGUCUGUCAAUCCAGCAGAUUCUCGACCACUUUUCUUACGGUUGCCCGUUGAGAUACGGCUCAAAAUCUUUCGUUAUCUCCUUCGACUCGACCGGAACCGCAAGUCUCACACCCGACGCCCUCCCCCAGAAAGUGUUAUAGACUUGUUAUGGAUACACUCGAGACGCAUCUUAGAUGCACCUCCCUUCAAGCACAAGGGGAACCAAGAGAUCAAUGGCUGUCCACCCGUCCUCCAUACUUGCCCUCUCCAUCCAGCGAUCAUGAAGACAUGCAAACAACUCUAUCUCGAAGGGAAAGAGGUGCUCUAUGCCGAGAACAAGGUCGUGGCCCUGCAAUCAGGCAUCCGAGGAUUAGUCGCCAAAUUCAGAAACUAUGGCAUUCCUGCCUACGGCCCUUUACAAGUUUCUCGAUUGUGGAAGAACGACAUGGAUGGUACCCCUGGGUCCCUUGCAAUGUUUGAUCCUGUCAUGCUGUUUAGUGGCACCAAAACUAAAGCCUCAGCGUCCUUUUAUGUUUGCAGCUACAAAGACACGGCAGAUUUCAUCCACGCUCUUUGGAUCAUGAUCAGGUGCCCCUUUGCACGCGGUAUGAAGUACAACCUCUCCAUUUCUGCAGAGCAAACCAAUCGCUAUAUCCACCGCACCGAUAGUUUCGUCAAGUAUGCAGUCCUUCCAUGGCUGCAUCAGGAUAUUGCCAAGCUGGACUUUCACAAUCAGUCUGCCCCGCAGCCCGAGUCAUUGGGUACCAGCAGCAAGCUACCGACUAUUAGUGCCCGCCUUGCAUCUCUCCGGGACGAAAAGACAAAACACACAGAUGGACAUGAAAAGGAUCCCAGUCUCUACUCGUAUAAUCAAAUCUGUGCGUAUCUGGAGCAAGUCUUUCUUCAAGCUGAGAAUUGCGUUGGUCAAGGCAAAUUCAUUAGCGCCGAACUCUUGUUUGAGCGAGUGCAUUACGAGGCUUGCAGCAUCAUCCGCACGAGAACUGCCAAACUGGUGGACGUAUCGGCCAAUUCCCAGGAAGGUAUCAACCGGGUGUGCAAGUUGAUCGCUAUCAGCGCCUAUCGCCUUUGUGAACUACGAAGCGGCUCCUUAGCUCAGAUGAUCGCUCGAAACAUUGAAAAGGCCCGAGAAAAGCAGAAAAAGGAUGAGAACAUCAGCGAUGACGAGACCUCUCAAGAAUCAUCCGAUGAGACGGGCCGCAGCAGACCAGCAGAAACAUCUGUCAGCGUGGCCAGCGACGCCUUGGACCGGAAAAGAUGCAACAAAAAGGUCGGACCAUCAAUUGAGCCAUUAAACACCGAUCUCUCACAAUACACCACAAGUCGAAAUGAAUCGCGACCCCCGAUUAUGCCUCGCACGACUCGUCUGGACCCAGGCCCGGCGAGAGAUCUAGCCAUCUCCAAUGGCCUCCUCGCGCUUCGAUUACCAUGUGCCUGCCCACUUCAUGAAUGGUGCAUCCGCGUUGACAUCAUGCUUCUCCGCCUGUUUGCCGAACGACAUGAUUUCAAAUAUGCCGGGUGGGCCAUCAGUCGAAUCAAAGAGAAUUUCAACCUCGUCUGGAAAGACGCCAAGGCUAAGAACAAAACCGGUGAGAAAUAUCAAGCUCUAGGCGAACUUGUGGUUGAACUGGAGAGGAUUGGAAAGAUUGUUUCCGACAAAACAAACUGUUUUAAAGCAGCAGAGAGUUCUCAGAACAUGGUCACCACACUCUGGGGGGAGAGGUUGAUUCCGAAAAAGUCUUAUGUGGGGUUGAUAUGGACCUUUCGAUGGGCUUAGAAUGAAGGUGUUGAGGUUGUUGUUAUUGUUGGCGGUGGAGGUGGAGGUGGUGGUGGCGGCGGCGGCGAGGCUAAUAAUGACGAGCACGAGCACAACGAUGAUAAUGAUGAAGACGAAUAAUUAGGUUCUCAUCAGCAACAAACAUGACAGCGAAGGUGUAUUCUCUUGAUCUUCGAGCAAUGGCGUUUU